AUGAAGCGCAAGACGGAUACGAGAGCCUCGCUCGAUGGCCAUGCCCAGCCUCAGUCCAAGAAACGGGCGCUCUCCAGCGAGGAGGCCGCUGCCCGCUUCCGCGACGGUCUGUUCGACACCGCGGAGCAGCAGAAGUACACCAACGAAUACGCCAGGUCUUCUCCCUACCUUCACGGAGUCAUUCAUCCUCUGAUCGAACCCACGCUCCUCCGCUCCGUCCGCAAUGAGAUUGAAACUCAGGUCUCUUUCACUGAGAAGGAGACGGAUAUCUACAAGAUCUUCCAGUCUGGUGAUCUUGCCAACCUCGAUGGACUGGAUGACUCUUCCAUCUCGAAGCUGCCUUCAGUAUUGAAGCUGCGCGACGCAUUGUACUCCGCGCGAUUCCGUGAGUACUUGUCCUCCGUGACAGGCUCAGGCAAGCUGAGCGGGCAAAAGACCGACAUGGCUAUCAACAUCUACACCGAGGGCUGCCACCUUCUCUGCCACGACGACGUCAUCGGCAGCCGUCGCCUCAGUUACAUCCUCUACCUGACCGACCCCGACACACCCUGGCAAGCCGAGUGGGGUGGUGCUUUGCGCCUGUUCCCCACAACGACCAAGAAAGACGCUAAGGGUGAGGAUGUCAAGAUCCCCAGCCCGGACUACAGCCUCUCCAUUCCUCCCGCCUUCAACCAGCUGAGCUUCUUCACUGUCCAACCCGGCGAGAGCUUCCACGAUGUCGAAGAAGUGUACCACCCCCGCGAGGACGAGGAUAAGACAAAGAAGCGCGUCCGCAUGGCGAUCAGCGGCUGGUUCCACAUCCCUCAGGAAGGCGAAGAUGGAUACGAGGCGGGACUGGAAGAGAAGCUCGCCGAGCGCAGCAGUCUCGCACAGCUGCAGGGCCGCGGCGAUAUCUACGAUCUGCCCCAGCCGCAGCCUGUGUCUUGGGAAGAGCCCGAGGUCGAGGGCAAGGGUAAGGGCAAGGUGGAAGAGCAGGCCGAGGGCGAGUUCACAGAGAGUGACCUUGGUUUCUUGCUGCAGUACAUUGCGCCUUCAUACCUGACCCCCGAUAUCGCAGAGGAGAUGUCCGAUGCGUUCGCAGCCGAGUCCUCGCUCAGCCUUGAGCGAUUCCUCAGUGAUAAGUUUGCUUCGCGCGUGAGCGCAUACAUCGAGGACCAGGAGAGACAGCCUCUCCCCGCUUCUGCGGACGAGAUCGAGACACAGCGCGGCUGGACAGUUGCUCGUCCUCCGCACAAGCACCGUUAUCUGUACCAGCAUGCUUCCGUCGAGAAGAGCUCCGAGAGCCCGAUUCAAGAGCUGAUGAACGUGCUCUUCCCAUCGCAGCCCUUCCGGAAGUGGCUUGCUCUCGUUACCGGUGUGGAUCACCUCACUAGUCACGAUCUGCUUGCAAGACGCUUCCGUCGUGGUGCGGACUACACUCUUGCUAGUGCGUACGAAGGCGAGGAGCCUCGACUUGAGUUCUCGCUCUGUCUUACCCCAAGCACUGGGUGGGAGAAGCAGGAAGAUGAAGAAGAUGAGGAUGAGGACGAGGACGAGAACGAGGAUGGAGAAGCUAAGGCUUCCUCUGCCAAGUCUGAGCCUAAGGAGAAGACCGACGAUGCCGUAGAAGGUCCUGCACUUGGUGGAUACGAGAUCUACAUGGCUGGCGAUGAGGAAGAGGAUGAAGAAGAGGACCCCGAGAACGCUGAUCAGGUCCUAGGUCCGAAGAAGACCAAGUCUGAUCCCGCUAUCUACCGCUCUGCGGGUGCUGAUGAAGAUGAUGGUAUCCUGUUCAGCACACAGGCUGGAUGGAACCGCCUCAGCAUUGUGCUGCGUGAUAGCGGCACCCUCAAGUUCGUCAAGUACGUCAGUGCUGCGGCGAAGGGUGAUCGAUGGGAUAUCACCGGUGAUAUCGGUGUUGAGUUUGAAGAAGGUUCUGACUUUGAAGAUGACGAGGAUGAGGAUGAGGAUGAGGACGAGGGCGAGGACGACGAGUAA